CCACUAACUACUCCGUACAUCCAACUUCUCAAGUCACCGUGUCCAAAAGUCCAAACAAGAUAGGCUGGGGAAUGGAGCAGGAAGCGCCCGCCAAGACGACGGAAGGCGCGCAAGAGGUGACCCUCCGGCCGUUCGACCUCGCCGAUGUCGACGCCAUGAUGGCGUGGGUGUCGGAUCCGGAGGUCACGGCCUUCAUGACGUGGGACCCCUACACGUCCCGCGAAGCUCUGCUCGCGUUCCUCCGGGACGUCGCGCUGCCGCACCCCUGGUUCCGCGCCGUAUGCCUCCCCGGCGGCGACCGCCCCGUCGGCUCGGUGUCCGUGUCGCCGACGGCGGACGCGUGCCGCGCCGAGCUCGGGUACGUGCUGGCGCGCGCGCACUGGGGCAAGGGCGUGGCCACGGCCGCCGUGAGGCGGGCGGUCGCCGCGGUGUUCGGGGAGGUAGAGGGCCUGGAGCGCCUGGAGGCGCUGGUGGACGUGUGCAACGUCGCGUCGCAGCGCGUGCUGGAGAAGGCCGGGUUCCGGCGGGAGGCCGUGCUGCGGAGGUACUGCGUGGUCAAGGGCGCCGUCAGGGACAUGGCCAUCUACAGCUUCAUCUCCACGGACGCACUGCUCGUUUGAUUCAUGCUUGUAACCUGCGUGUGGUUCAUAUGACGUGAAAAGAAAAUUGGAUACCAUGUGCAAUGUACGUAGCUCAUGGAGAUUAAAAA